GGGGGUGCCGAGUUUCUAUCAAACUCUGUCGUCGUUGGGGCUGGGACCUCUGAAGAGGAGGAGCGUUGGCACGCUGCAACUCAAAAUUGGGUUGUAUUGCAAUCAAGCAUGCGCUCACUGCCACGUGGAAAUCUCUCCUCUGCGCACCGAGAUGAUGGAUCACAGGACGAUAGAGCAUAUCGCUGUUGUAGAUCUGACUGACGGUGCUCCGGAGUUGAACCCUGCGUACCGAUACCUUGUGAAAGAGGCCCGACAACUCGGAAAGGAAGUGAUAGAUCGGUGUAAUCUGACGGUUCUCUUCGUGGAAGGCCAAGAACACCUAGCCGAUUUCCUUGCUGAGAAUCAGGUUCGUGUUGUUGCCUCCCUCCCUUGCUACACCGCGGAGAACGUCUCCAAGCAACGAGGCGGAGGGGUGUUCGAGAAGAGUAUCGCAGCCCUCCAGAUGCUAAAUUCUCUGGGUUAUGGCAAAGAAGGGUCCCCUCUGCAGCUUGAUCUGGUAUACAACCCCUUGGGGGCUUUCCUUCCUGCGGCACAGGACGUCUUGCAGGUAGCCUAUAAGACGGAACUGUUCGAGGCGUACGACAUAACCUUUAAUAACCUGUUCACUGUCACCAACAUGCCAAUCAAAAGGUUCGCCGACGAUCUGUAUCGCAAAGGGGAGAUGGAACCGUACAUGAACCUGCUCCUCAGCAGCUUCAACCCGGUGGCAGUAGAUGGCGUCAUGUGUAGGGAUAUGGUCAGCAUCGGAUGGGAUGGGGCCUUGUUUGAUAGUGAUUUCAACCAACAAUUGGGGUUGGGAGUGGGAGGGCAAUCCGUGCCAGUCGUUCGAUCAACUGAUCGGCUGUUACAUACUUCAAUGAGUAUGGGCGGAACCAAAGAUCAACCAAUGUAGGAUGAGCAUAUAUGCAGCGGAAGUCGGAUAAACGGACUGACUCACA